GAGCCGGGGUGCUGGGGUGAGUCUACUGGGCUCAUUUUGGAGGAGGUGCUAAGAUUUGCUUCCUCUCCACGGAGGGUGGAGGGCUCUAGGCCAGAGCGAGGCAAGGGGUUGGUGAGAGGGCAGAGGUUAACCUUUCUACCCACAGUAGUGGUCCAUGGGAACAGCCCCCGUAGCUAGUGUAGACGUGUGCAGGUACAAAAUGUAGAGCAGCUGGCAGCAGUUCCUUCUGAACGGCGUGAAGGUGAAAAGCACAUGGAGAGGAAUUCUCCUUCCGGCCACCUUCCUUGAUCAGGGUAGAAAUGGAUAUCUUUAAUACUGAAGGGGAGAGUGAGCCUGGCAGCUCAACAUCCACCUACCCCACCUCCCAGGCCUAGCAGGUGUCUGAGGGUACAGACCCCGUGGUAUUCUGGGACUUGUUGUUUUUGCUGGCCUUGCUCCCUUGGUAUGUUGGGAGCUGUAGUCCUUGCCAGCCACAGCCUGGCACAGCUGUUUGACGCCAGCUGCUGCCCACCCCCUGCACAGAGUGAGAUUUGGCCUACCCUGCCCCUCCCCUGCCAAGUCCUGCCCCAUGAGUCAGCUUGAAGCCAUGGUCUAGAGCCAGACUGGCUGGGUGGCAGGAAAGUGAAUCUUAGAGAUUUUCAUUGACAGGGCAGGAACUGAGAGGGCUCUGGGAUAAUGAGUAGGUGCCAGCCAUGCUGGGGUCAAGUAGGGCAUCAUGUCAUCACCUGGCUUCCCCAGGGCAAGGGCUCAAGAGGUCAACUGGGAUGAUGGGAUGACUUAGGGGUGGGAGUGCUAAGGAAGAGGCCCUUCCUGAAUCUGUAUAGCAUGGGUAGAGGAAAGGAGGGAAGAGAUUAGUACAGGCCGUACCCUCUGACAAUGCUGCCAUUGGCGUUCUGCCCUUUCCAGACACCCCACCCACCACAGGGAACCAGAAUUUUCUUAGGGCUUCCAGUUCUAAUGAGAACUUGGUGAAAUAGGAUAGUGUAGGAUAGUGCAGUGAUGGGAACUUGGUGUAGGAGGGUUUUCCAGUCCCUGGAUGCAAAGCUCCCCUUUCUCCCUGCGUCCCACCCCCAUCUUUAAUUUAUUUUAUUUAUUUAUUUUUGGCGGCGCUGGGUCUUCAUUGCUGCACGUGGGCUUUCUCUAGUUGCGUCGAGCAGAGGCUCGGGCUUCUCAUUGCAGUCAGUGGCUUCUCUUGUUGCGGAGCACAGGCUCUAGGCACGUGGGCUUUGGUAGUUGUGGCACACGGGCUCAGUAGUUGUGGCUCGCGGGCUCUAGAGUGCAGGCUCAGUAGUUGUGGCGCACAGGCUUAGUUGCUCCGCGGCAUGUGGGAUCUUCCCGGACCAGGGCAUGAACCUGUGUCCCUCGCAUUGGUGGGCAGAUUCUUAACCACUGUGCCACCGGGGAAGCCCCCCACCCCCAUCUUUGUUGUUGCUGAUUUUCCCUAUACAGUUAAUCUCCCUGCUUCUCUCAUAUUCUGGGAGUUUUUCUCUGCACUGUCAGGACUGCUGCCCAGAUCUCUGGGACUUGCAUUUUACUUUUUUGAGCCAUGCUAUGUGCUUACCCCUGUGCUUGGAGUUGGGCAGAGGAGUGAAGUACAAACCUAUCCUCAAGAACCCUAUGGUCAGUCUACGAGAUGUCUUACCCACAGGAGCAAACAAAGCUGUCACUGGGCUACAGGAGAUAGUGGUACUGCUAUAGGUGAGGUCUCAGAAGAGACAGACACUUAUGGUCCAGGGUGGCCGUAGUAGGCUUUAUGGAGAGGAUGGCAUUUGGCCUAGCCAAGGAAGGUUAAGACUCCAGUAGGCAUAAGGGGACAUUCCUUGAAUGAGAAAGGGUUUUGUGGAUAGCAGGCAGCACAGGCUACUGACCAAAGGAUAAGCUUGAUCCUGGGGGCAAUGUUUUCUCCCAUGAAGGAAGAUGGCCUUCAACUGGACAUCCCCUCACCCAAUAUGGACUCCUGAGGGUGGACUAGUCAGUGAAGACCAUCUUGUACCCUGACAGAAAAGCAGUGGUUUUGGUUUUGGGGUGUUGGAUGUGUUGGGGAGGAGUGGCGAGGUACUCCUGCUCUCUGACUGUCACUGUCUUAUCACUAGUUUGCAGGGCCUAGGUAGGGGGAGGGGGAGGCCCUGGAAAGUGCCUUCUAGCAGUGCUUCCUCCCCCACCCCGCCCCCUCUAGACUUGUUUUUGGUUAGAUUUGUUGCUUCCUGUUAAAGGGACAGACUGCUGGGGCCAAUUGGGAGUUUAAUGCUGAAGGGCCCACUUUGAGCUGACCUGAAGAUUGUACUUCUAAGGAGCGCUGUUGGGGAUGGUCUAGCUGAGCCUAGGAGCUGCACGGAAUGGUGGCAGUCACCUCGCCAGUGCAGCAGGCAUGGACCAGACUGCAAGCUAGGAGAGCAAGGCAUCAGUCAGGAAGAGGGAACACACAGCUAGGCUUAAGGCCUCUUUAUCGGGAUGUCCCCAGGCCCCCCAGCCCAGGCCCAGCAUAAAGGCUCUGGGGGGGGUCCCCCCUGACCCAAGGGGGGGCUUCAUGCGCCACGUGCAGGCGGAGCCGUCUCCAUCCUCAGAGCCAGAGGCUGGCCCUUCACAGCCUGCAGUCAGGCAGGGGGCCCUCCAGGGUGGCCUGCUCAUGGGCUACAGCCCGGCGGGGGGGGCAACAUCCCCCGGGGUCUACCAGGUAUCCAUCUUUUCCCCUCCAGCUGGUGCCUCCGAGCCUAAUAGGGCCCUGAAACGGCCAGCCCCACCCACUGAGGGUCCCCGGGAGCUGAAGAGAGGCCCUGGGCUGGGGGCCAGAGAGGGACUACCCCCUGAAGAACCACCUACUCUGGGGCUAUUGGGCCCAGAGGGACUGGGGCUGGGACUGGGCGUGGCCAGCCAACAUUUCUGCCAUCAUGGCCUCUGUGUUGUGGAACAGGGAGGUAGCUCCACCUCACCUUGGACUUCAGGGGCCCCGAGUCCCCCCUGGCCCCCAUCAAAUGCUUCCUGCAGUACUUUGCACACCAGAGACUGGGCUUCCCCACAUCCUGGGGGACAGGGGUCCCUGGGGGAGUCCCCAGGGCCAGCCCCUCCGGGCCAGCUGCACACACUUGACACUGAUUUGCACAGUCUUGCACAAAUAGGGGGUAAGAGCCUAGUGGCUGGGGUGGGCAAUGGGGGCAGCCCCUGGCCUAGGGAGUCCCCUGGCACUGCCAAUGGGCACAGCCCCGAGCACACACCCCCUGGCCCUGGACCUCCAGGCCCCUGUCCCACCAAGCGAAGGCUGCUUCCAGCUGGAGAAGCCCCAGAUGUCAGCUCUGAGGAUGAGGGGCCAGCCCCUCGGAGGCGCCGGGGAACCCUGGGCCACCCUCCUGCUGCCAACAGUUCUGAUGCCAAAGCCACACCCUUCUGGAGCCACCUGCUGCCUGGGCCCAAGGAGCCUGUGCUGGACCCAACAGACUGCAGUCCCAUGGGGUGGAGGCUGAAAGGUGCCUGUCGCCUGAAGCUGAGCUCCCUUCGAAGCCUCCGGAAGAGGCCAGGCCUGCUGAGCACCCCCAGUGCCUCCCCUGUUCCUACCCCCGCCAUCAGCCGUACCCUGUUGGGCAACUUUGAGGAAUCAUUGCUGCGAGGACGCUUUGCACCAUCUGGCCACAUCGAGGGCUUCACAGCAGAGAUUGGAGCUAGUGGAUCCUACUGCCCUCAGCAUGUCACGCUGCCUGUCACUGUCACCUUCUUUGAUGUUUCUGAGCAAAAUGCCCCGGCUCCCUUCCUGGGCGUCGUGGACCUGAACCCCCUGGGGAGGAAGGGUUACAGCGUGCCCAAGGUGGGCACCAUCCAAGUGACCUUAUUUAACCCCAACCAGACUGUGGUGAAGAUGUUCCUCGUGACCUUUGACUUCUCGGACAUGCCUGCUGCCCAUAUGACCUUCCUGCGUCAUCGCCUCUUUUUGGUGCCUGUGGGUGAGGAGGGAAAUGCUAGCCCCACCCGCUGCCUCCUCUGCUACUUGUUGCACCUCAGGUUCCGGAGCUCCCGCUCAGGCCGCUUAAGCCUGCAUGGAGACAUCCGCCUGCUUUUUUCCCGCCGGAGCCUGGAACUGGACACAGGGCUCCCCUACGAACUGCAGGCUGUGACUGAGGCCCCUCACAAUCCACGUUAUUCACCUUUGCCCUGAUUGUCAGUGCCCUGAACCCAUGUGGGCCAAGGACCUGCCCAUCCUGCUCCAUCCUGGACAGAGCAAACACGUGGAGAGGUGCGAGAGACCCUUCAGGCUUGAAUUAAAGCCCUCACCACGCUCAUGCCCAAACUGAUUAUUUGGGUGUUUAAAGCUUCUGAUCUUACCACACUCUGCCCUACUCUGGGUACUCCACGUGCCUGCCCCCUCCCUUGGAUUUCCCAGGCCAGCUGCGGUAGUGGGGAGGAACUGGAGCUACCCUGAGGUUGUCCUAAGUUCCCAGGCAAGUCAUGCCAGCGUUGCCUCCCUGUCCUGGGCAGGGGCCACUUAUUAUUUUAUUUAUUUUAAUUUAUAAUUUAUUCAAAUUGGAUUGCCUUGGUAACGUCCCAAACCUGAUAAUUGGCAUUGCCCCUCCUCCUUUCCCACUCUCAGAUAUUGCUCCAACCUCAGGAGUUGAAGAGGCUGAUAUGGGGGCUGUAGGAGAACUGCUCUCCCUCAGCUGAGAGCAGAGAAGUAUUCCGGAAGGACUGAGUCACCAGCCAAAGACUCAGCUUCCCCUGUCCUUCCUUAUUCCUUUCACUUCCCCGACCCUCUCACCUCUCUCUGAAGGCCAACUUUGUGUGUGUGUGUGUGUGUGUGUGUCUGUGUGUCUGUGUACAUGUAUGUGUGUGAGAGAGAGAGCAUGCGUGCAGGCACACACACACAGGUGUCAACCACACCUCAUCUAGGACUUCAGACUCUGGUUGUCCCUCUCCUUCUGCCUGUGUCUCCUUGCUUUGGGGUCCUGACUGAGGAAGGUGUUCAGGGGACAGAGUCAGGGCCAAGGACUGGGGCGCCUCCUCUCACCUGGCCAGACUCUGACCCACCUACCUCAGUUGGGGUGAGGGGCACCCCUCAAACUCAGUCAUGUAGUUAUCAACUACCCCAUUCCCCACUCUAGACUCUGACCUAGCCUUAGCCCUGAUACCCGGGGCUGGGCUGAGGGGAACAAGCAUUUGCUAAAACUUGAAAAAAAAAAAACAGGAAAAAAUUGUACCUGGUACUUUUUUUUAAAAAAAAAGAAAGAAAGAAAGAAUAAAUUCUUGUUUGAAACUUGAA